AAUUGAUUGAAACAAUUGACGAAUAAAUGACUGAUAUAUUGAUUGCAAGUGUUUUAUACAUCAAUUGAUUUGUUAUUCGAAUUAUAACUCAAUUGUCUAUCAAUGAGACUAUCAAUUGGUUUGUAUUCAUUGAUUGAUUGCAUUUGAUGUAUGUUUUCAGUGAAGAAGUGGACAUCAAACUGAAGACAAGAUCAAAAUGCACACAAUGUUAGACUUGGAUAUCAAGGCUUUCCUGUCCAACAUUAAGGCCACAAAACCUCCGUAUGUCUGUCCCUUCGAGAAGUGUCAUAAAAUAUAUAAGACAUACCAAGGAAUGAGGACUCAUAUGCAUCAAUACGAUCACAUAAACAACAGACAAAUGACAGAUGAAACUAAUAAUGAAUUAAUAAACAAAAAGAAAGGCAAUUGUGAUGACCCAUCAUUUGGUGACCGAUCGCCGUCACCACCCGAUUAUCGUAGUAAUAAUAAUAACAGAGAAACGCUUACAUACGCCGAAGCACAACGACUGGUCGAAGUGGACAUCGACGGCAAAGUCCACAGAAUUAAUAUCAACGAACCGUUAAAUAUAGUGUUGUUGAGCGUCGGUAUUGAUGUACCUAUCAAUGGAAGUGUCAAUUCAGUGAACAACAGUUUCAGUGAUAGUAAAAGCAAAAAACAUUUGUCUGACUGUCAACUGACACCUCAAACCAAUGCAAACUCCGGCGCCAAGACUAAGACCGGCAAAGGAAAGAAUCGAAGCGGAAAGUGUGGUAAAGGACGCAAAGAUCUUCAAUCGAAACAAACAGCUGUGACUGAGAAACCUAACAGUUUAAUACUGAAAUUACCCGAACCUUCCUUCAGAAUAAUAGAAGGCUAUGACCCGCCAGACGCCAAACAACGGUCGUCUUCUUACUACAGAUAUAUCGAAAAGACUAUCGACGACAUUGACGAAGAAGUAGAGUAUGAUAUGGAUGAAGAAGACACGGCUUGGCUCGAAUUGAUCAAUAAGAAGCGUAAAGUCGACAAAUUACCUGAAAUCCCUGCCGACACGUUUGAACUAUUGAUGGACAGACUUGAGAAAGAGUCAUACUUUCUGAGUCAAAACAGUGGCAAAGAUAUAGGUCCCGCCAUUGAUGAAGACGCCGUUUGUUGUAUUUGUAAUGACGGCGAGUGUCAAAACUCGAAUGCCAUUCUGUUCUGUGAUAUGUGUAAUCUUGCCGUUCAUCAGGAGUGUUAUGGCGUUCCUUAUAUACCAGAGGGUCAGUGGCUUUGUAGAAGAUGUCUUCAAUCUCCAUCCAGAGCUGUUGACUGUGCUUUGUGUCCCAACAAAGGCGGAGCCUUUAAACAAACUGACGAUAAUCGUUGGUCUCAUGUUGUUUGUGCACUUUGGAUACCAGAAGUUUGUUUUGCAAAUACAGUGUUUUUAGAACCCAUAGACAGCAUCGGUAACAUACCAUCUGCCCGAUGGAAACUUUCGUGUUAUAUCUGCAAACAGCGUAAUGUCGGCGCUUGUAUUCAAUGUCACAAAUCCAACUGUUAUGUAGCGUUUCACGUGACGUGUGCACAACAGGCCGGUCUCUAUAUGAAGAUGGAAGCCGUCAAAGAAAUGACAUCCAAUGGUCUCGUCACUAACGUUAGGAAAGCCGCCUAUUGUGAUACACAUACACCGACAGAUGAAAAUGGAAUUGUAUUGAGUGGUGUAUAUUCUUCGGGCGAAGAAGACUCACGUAUUGAUAAUCAUAAAGUCAAACAAACAAAAGCCAAGUUUAAGGAGAAGAUGAAGAAAGCGCGCAAAAUAUUAGCUGAAAAACGAUCACAAAUACCUGUUGUUUCUGUUCCUACAAUUCCUUUGGAUAGAUUGGCAAAGAUUGCUGUUUUAGUGACAAUACCCAAACGAAAUCUCUUUUUACAGCGACUUCUUGGCUAUUGGACUCUUAAGCGACAAUCAAGAAAUGGAGUACCACUUCUUAGAAGACUUCAAAUUUCACACAACAAUCUUAGACGCGAUUCAAAUAAGGACGGAGACGAUGAACAAGUGAUGAAAAUUAAAGAACAAUUGAAAACAAUGAAUAGAUUGAGACAAGACUUGGAAAGAGUGAGACUAUUAGUCGAAUUAAUUCGCAAACGCGAAAAAAUGAAGAGAGAGUUUCUUAAGAUCAGACAAAACACUGUCGAACUACAACUAAACCCUUUUAAAGCAUUUUUGUUGAAUCUUUUGCAAAGACUUCAAGAUAAAGACACCAAUAAGUUCUUUGCUGAACCCGUUAAUGUCGAAGAUGUUUCCGAUUAUCUCGAUUUUAUCAAACAUCCAAUGGAUUUCAGUACAAUUAGACAAAAGAUUAAUCAAAACCAAUAUAGUUCUCUAAUUGAAUUGAUUCGUGAUUUUCAAUUAAUUAUUAAUAACUGUACCGAAUAUAACACUAAAGAAACCAUUUGGCAUAAGGCGGCCCUCAAACUAGCGGAUCAGUCACAGAGUAUUCUUAGAGAAGCUAAGAAAAUGGCUGAGAUUUAUAACACAACAACCGGAUUGCACUUACAUUUGACUGAAAAUGAGAUCCAGAUAUCAGCAACAAAUGUCAGUCCAAUUCAAUCGGAGAAAAAACAACUCGAAGUAAAGCUUAAAGUUUUAGAAGAAGAUUUGUUGAAAGCAAAAACACAGAAGUCUGGCGGUUCCCGCACUAAACGAGUCAGGAGUUUGACCGCCGAUAUCGCAAAACUCAAAGACAAAAUCGAGUCAAUCAACUCGAGUCAUACAUUGAAUAAAAGUCCAUUUAAGACUAACAGAACAAUUACAUCCAGUAAUGUUAACAAUGGCAGCACAAACAGUAGGACCUCAUCGCCAAACAAAAAGAAACAAAAGACGACAACAAAAGUGAAAAAUGUUGAACCAAUUGAUUCCAGUGAUUCUGAUACUAACGAUAUAACUAAUAAUAAUUCAAAUAUUAAUAACUUUAUCGACAAAUUUGAAGGCAGAAAGACAUUGAAUUCAGUUUCUGCUAGUAUUAACUCUUCAGAAAUCGAAGGAUUAAUUAAAUGCAAUAAUAAUAAACAAAAAUCUUUAACCACUCAUAAAGAAUCUCCUUCAAAACGUUUAUUUAAAAAUAACAUUAAACAUAAAUCCCCCAAUAAAUCUGUUAAUAAUAAUAAUAAUAAUAAAGAGUCAUCACCUAAAAACAAAACACGAGUUAAUACAAAAAAGAAGUUAAACGGUUCCGCAUUGACUAACUCGUUGUCUCCCAACUCAAUCACCUCAAACUUAUCCAUUAAUUUAAUUUCUGAUAAAAUUAAUUCACGAAAAAGUAAAAACUCUAAACUAACUAAUCCUAAGAGUUCGCCAAUCAUUGAUUCACCGGCACUGACGCCCAAUAAUAUGUUUACUGAAACGGCCGAAUCGUUUGCUAGAGAACAGGUCAGCAAAGGACAGACCACAGGGUCAAAACGCCGAUCGAAUCGAAGUUCUUCGCGACCAAAUAAAAGACAAAACACCUCUAAUUCAAUGCAUUUAAUAGAUUCACAAAUUACAACACCAUUGAUGUCUGAAGCCGACAGCUUUAAAGUAUAUAGAAAUUUGUCGUCUCCUCCCGACUCUGACAUAAUCUCCGAGAGUUCUCAAUCUCAUACUUCGAGCUCGUCAUCAAAAACUUCGGGUUCGAGCGAAUCAUCCGAUUCAAACUCGUCGCUAUCAUCAUUGGGUUCUUCAGGAACAAGUAGUCGAGUUAGUUGUCGGAAAGCAAAAUCACCAAAAAGACCCAGAUCUCGAUCUUCAGAUAUAUCAACGAUAGAAAAUCAAAAGAUUCCGUUACAACCAAAUGACUUGGUUUGGGCCAAGUUUGGUAACCAACCCUGGUAUCCAGCAGUGAUUGUCGACUCAAACUCUUCAGUUUCCAAUUCUCCAGUUAAUGGAACACCUGUUCCACCUGAAGAGGUACUGGCGUUGGCUAAGGAUAAACACAAUCAAUAUUUAGUUUAUUUUUUCGAACAUAAGAACUCUUGGCAUUGGUUGGCACGACAUAAGUUGGAACCACUGGGCAUUGAAACGAGUACUGACAACCAGAAGUUAAAUCAGAACCAGAAGUCCAUUGAUAAGAAAGCCCUACAAAAGGCUUAUAACAAAGCGCUGGCAUUUUAUGCUUCAUUGCAAUAGUACAUCAAUUUUGCCUUUUUAUUAAUGUAAAUAUACUGUUAUUUAUAUUUAUCAUACCAUAAGUUAAUGUUGA